AUGUAUGCCGCUGAAGAACCACAGAGACCCAUUGCAGGCCGGAGCUGGGCCCAGGCAUUGCCCAGGGUCUACAGACAGCACUCGUCAUCCCUGCAGAUGAUGAUGGUGGAUCGGCCGGACAUUCCCAGAGUCACCUGGAGUGAGAACUCUUCCCAGGGUGGCAACUCUUCACAGAGUGACAACUCUUUCCAGAGUGGCAACCCUUCACAGAGUGGCAACUCUUCACAGAGUGACAACUCUUUCCAGAGUGGCAACCCUUCACAGAGUGGCAACUCUUCACAGAGUGACAACUCUUCCCAGGGUGGCAACUCUUCACAGAGUGACAACCCUUCACAGAGUGACAACCCUUCACAGAGUGACAACUCUUCCCAGAGUGACAACUCUUCCCAGGGUGACAACUCUUCCCAGGGUGGCAACUCUUCCCAGAGUGGCAACUCUUCCCAGGGUGGCAACUCUUCACAGAGUGACAACUCUUUCCAGAGUGGCAACCCUUCCCAGAGUGACAACUCUUCCCAGAGUGGCAACUCUUCACAGGGUGGCAACUCUUCCCAGGGUGGCAACUCUUCGCAGAGUGACAACUCUUUCCAGAGUGACAACUCUUUCCAGAGUGACAACUCUUCCCAGAGUGGCAACUCUUCCCAGAGUGGCAACUCUUCACAGAGUGGCAACUCUUCACAGAGUGACAACUCUUCACAGAGUGACAACUCUUCCCAGAGUGGCAACUCUUAA